AUGCGAUCAUUAUGUGUUAAUGUCGGGGUUUCUGUUGAUAUUGAUAUUCGUAUUAGUAUUGGUAUUGAAAUUAAUAUUGGUAUUGAUAUUGAUAUUGAUCUCAUUCCUAUGAGCCUUACAGAUUUCUGUCUUAUACGUCGAUUACUCCUCGUGACAACUGCUUUCUAUCCAUCAAACGAUGUCGCUAAGCAAAAACUCGAAGCAACACUGCCCACCAACCUCGAGCAACGCGUCGUACCAACGAUGUUCGACAGUCGAAACAAUCGAACUGUACGAACAAAUGGAUAUAGGGCAUCGACUCGACUGCCUUACAAGCCUGAGCUUCGACAAGCAUUUUCGCCUUUUGUUAUGUAUAAAACUGGCAAAACUCCUGCUCAAGUAGAUUUGCGACCCUAUAUGACACCUGUCGAAGAUCAAUCACAAAUUGGUAGUUGUGUGGCGAAUGCUGUCGUGGGUGCAUAUGAAUAUCUUCAUAAGAGAGAAACGGGUCAACACAUUGAUGUUAGCCGUCUCUUUGUUUACUACAACGGUCGCACUCUAUCAGAAGAACCUACUAUCAAGGAUGAAGGCGUUUGUAUAACACAUGCACUUGAAGCACUCAUGGAGUAUGGCGUUUGCCUCGAAUCCAUUUGGCCUUACGAUAUAAAAGAAGUGAAUACAAAACCAAAUCGUCGUGCUUAUGCACAUGCACAACGCUUCAAAAUAAAGGAAGCCUACUAUGUUGAAAAAGAUUUACAUGAUAUGAAAUCGUGUCUAGCGCAAGGCUUCCCAUUCGUAUUUAGUUGUAAAACUUUCGAAUCAUUUCAAAAUACUGGUCCUACUGGUAUUAUAUCUUUGCCUGACCCUUCUGACAACGUAGCAUCAAGCCAUGGAAUUCACGCGAUGCUUGCUGUUGGAUACGAUGAUGCCAAACAAACGUUUAUCGUUCGAAAUUCAUGGGGUAAACACUUUGGUGAUCAUGGUUACUGCUACAUGCCCUAUGAGUAUUUGACAAGUGAAACACUGAUGAUGCCCGAACGCAUCUAUACAGUUCGAAGAACUCCACAUCGCCACAACUUCGGCCCACGACCGGCUCCCGUACCGAGGCCAAUGCCACCUGCAUCUGCACCAGUAAUCCGUCCAGUAUUCUGUUUUUAUGCACAAAAUAAUAAUAUUCCGUUGGUAAAUACGACGGGGCCGAGCUUCAGCGAUACGUGGAUUGUUCAAAGCGUUCAACAACAACAGUACGAACCUGAGUAUGUUCAAGAAUAUUGGCCUCAUGUACCACCAAUAUCGAUAAGAGAUGUUCGUCCUUAUCGUCGAUCUAGUGCACUGCCUGGAGUCAACUGGAAAUGGAUUCCCGCCGAUCGAUAUUAA